AUGGGUGCCCUAACCGAUAAUCGGAAGCGCUGUUUGGUGGAUCUUUGCGUUCCUCUAUCGUCGUCGGCUUCCCUAGGACAGCUACAGUCUGAAGGCUCGCCGGAUGUCACACAAUUGAAGAGGCGGAGGGUCGUUGAUCCGUUUGAAUUGGCUGAGUGUAGGACGCCGCUGCUGCCGCCACUGCCUGCACCGUCUCUGCCGCCGCAGCAGCAAGCUCCCGUUCAAUCUAGCUCCCGUAGCUUCCCUGAUCCUUGCCCUCUACGCCGGCCGGUUCAUGGCCCUCAGAGAAUAAUCACGGCGUUUGGUCGCUUGUCGUUAGCAGAUUCCGAAGCUAGGGUUCCUCUGGUGAUGGCCGACCGGAAGGAGCGUGACGCAGGGAUGGGGAAAGUCGGUGCUGUAUGGUGGUCCGUGAAGAGGCCAUCUCCUGAGACGUCGUUGAGAUCCCGCGGAAAGGGGGAAGCGUCAGUGGCUCCUGGUAGGGAUCGCAGAUUGGAUGAUGAGGGCCUAGACGAGUUAAAUUUUGAAGAUUACAAGAGGCUGGUGGAGAGCACACGGCUGGAUCGUUCUGUGGAAGACCAUGGGAAGAAGUCACACGAAACAUCAAGUUUAAAAACCACGCAGCCUCAGUCGGUGUCCUCUGCUGUUCAUGAUGUAAUGAUACUGACGGAGGAGGAAGACGCAUCGCCAUACCAACAUAUUUCGAAUCGCAGAGUGGAAGAGGCCGAGAGAUCAGGGAAGAUAGAUCCCUUUCCAUGGCAAACGGAAAGUGUCAAGGCAAGGACAACUCCAGUGUACAAAGAUUUGUUGUUGCGUGCUAGGAAGCGUGAUUCCAAACUAAGUAGCUUGGAAUUUGAGGUGAUGUUGACAGAAAAAAGGAUUUCUGAGUUCAGCAUAGUGUCAAAAGUGAAACCUGAAGAGGUAACUAAUAUCCAUCUUUGGGGUUUUAUUCCUUUUUUUUUUUUUCAGUUGCGAUGUUUUCAUUCCUUAUUUGAAGAGUAUAGUUGAAUUUCGUGGUUAGCAUGGGGAAAGAUAACCUGGGAAUUCAUGGUGGUUGUAUCAAUGAGCAGUUCCAUUGAGUCAAUAAGAACGCCUAGAUGAAACCCCUAAAGAAGCAGAAGAUAGAUAUUUGAAGAGAGAGAUUUAGUGGGAUUUGUGUUUCACUCUCUUCAUACCUGCUCUCCAAUAUCUCAGUUGGAUUUUAUAUUGCAUAUCGAAUGCAUCGAGUAAGCAGUGUCUGCUUCUAUUUAGUGAAAUGACAAGGCAUCAUAAGUGGACUGAUUGCUUGGUCACAUUGGAUGAUGUAUUGCUCUUUCUUGUUGUCUUGAUUGCUUUUUUGGCGACUAUGUUCAUGUACAUUUCAGCUCAUAAUGUACAUUUAAAGGGCAUUCUUCGUGAUAAGUGUUCAUGUGCAGAACGUAGAAUAUCAGUUAACAUCGCAUAUGAUAGAUCAUUAAAGUAGUCAAAGCUCAGAUAUUUUUGUUGAUGUGCUUUUAUACGUAUUUCCUGUAACUUGAUUUUACCUUCUCUCAAAAAUCUGCCUUAUCGUAAUCAAGAAACUUAUCAGCUGAAACGUUAGAAAAAAAGAUUGUGAAGCUCUCAACAGACUCUAAACUGAUUUCUUACAUGAAACGUGAAAUAUCUCUCUUUGCCAAAAUGGCUACCUCAUUUGGUCUGACGUCUAAAUGUAGUUCUGAUAACUAUGCUCAAUGCUGAUAAAAAGCUGUCUAUUGUCUUCGAAUGAUAGCUAUAUUUAUAUAAUUCCUAUACUGUUGAUAUGUUUAUAAAUAUUAUCAAAUCUAAUUAGCUCGAAGCAAAAUCGAUGUGGAAUACGCCUAUAUAGAUACGUGUAUAUCCUUGUUAUAACUUUAGUCAAACUAGUCCUCCUAUAAGAAUCGUUUCUUAUUUCAUUAGUUAAGCAUUCGAUCACGGGCUUGGUUUUGUGCUUGCCCACGAUCGCAUCACAUAAUUUACCUUGUUAUUCUUGUUCUCCUAAAAGAGGAAACUCAAUUGACUUCAUUGGUAAGAUACGAAUUUUCAUUACAUCUUUAAUGAUGCUAGCAGUGUUUCAUAAAUUUGACUGGACAUUCUGACUGAAAAACGAAAGAAAACGAAUAUGCUGCUUUGAUGGGUCAAUCUGAUUUUCCUAUAUCGUUACCGAUUCUAUUCGAUAAUGCAAGGCUAAGGCUAACAUUUUAAAACGUCUAAUAGAAAUGAGAAAAUGAUUCGACAUUCAAAGGUGUGGGGAUUUGGAAAUAAGGAACCAAUAUGGAGGUAUGUUCACACAAAAAUUACUCUUGCAGCCUCUGUGGGUUAAUCCAGUGAUUAGCUCAUGCCUUGGAUGUACUAUUGGUAACUCUCAGCUGCAGCAAACAUAUUUUCUCUUUGGAUUUUGAUUGAUGGACACUCCAUGGUAGCCCUUUAAUUUUUAGAAACCCUUAGAAUUGUGGUAUCUAAGAUACCUUUAUCUAUACGAACAAAGUCUGUGUAGUGUAUAGCUCCAACACUGCUUUUGGAUUCCCAUCUUUUGUGUUGUUACUAACCUAUGGGUUUCCCCAUUCGAGUUCUACCAAUGCCCUUCCUUCUCAAGGUGCAUUUUGUACUUGUUGUUUCACUGAUUCUUUUUUAGUUAUUCCGUUCUUGUUUGAAUUCUUUUAAUUGAGCUUAUUCCUCCUUCUCAAGUUGUGGUUCUUUGUUACUUUUUUAUAUUCCAUAUUGUAUGUGUUUUAACCCAAAAGUUGAUGAAACGUAUUGAGAAUUUCACAUUUUUUCUUCUAUGGUCAUAUUUGUCAUUUUUUAUAUUUGAUUAUUUUCAGGACCUCCUUGGGCCCUUUACUCCUCUUACAGAUGAGGAAGAAGAAGAAGUCAGUCUUGCUUUGCGAGAUUGUGAUAAGUAUGGCUUUAAUGAAUGCUUUUCCUUUUCGGACCAGAUUGAAUUACCGUCCGAUAUUUACAGCAGUAAGCAUGUUUACCAGGUUCCACUUGCGCAAGCAUGAGAUCUUGGUCCUUCAUGAAGGUUCUAAUAUUGAGAUUACCAGAGAUGUUAUUCAGUGUUUGAGACAUGGUGCCUGGUUAAACGACGAGGUAUUUUUUUUGCUUUUUGUGCACUUCCCAGAUAUGACUUUGUUGAGAUAUUAUGGGAUCGAAUUAGAUGGUUUUCAUUUCUUGAAUGUAGAUGGAUUAUAACAAAUGAAGCCGUGGUAGAUCUACAUCAGUUUAAUGUGCAUUUUUCUUUCUUUUGUAGGUCAUAAACCUCUAUUUCGAGCUAUUGAAAGAGAGGGAAAAGAGAGAGCCAAAAAAGUUCCUGAAAUGCCACUUCUUUAACACAUUCUUCUACAAAAAGGUGCAGAAAUGGGCAAAGAUUCUCUGUUUCGAAUUUUCUAAAUGUUUCUACUGUUGCUUGUUUUUCUUAUACCAUCUAGUUGAAUUUUCUUAUACCAUCUCGUUGAAUCAAUGCAACUUCAUAUGUGAUUAUCUUUCGCAACGCUGUUUUUUUGUAUCAAAAUGGUAAGGUUAUGUAUUUCUUGAGAAGUUUCUUGACAUUUCCUAUUUUGCACAGGAUGUCUGGAGCAGGCGUUGCUAUUGUCUUGUUAAGUCCGAUUCUUUGUUUGAACUUCGGUUUCGGAACCAUAUCGAUUACAAUCUUUCUUAUGAAAGUGGAAUGCACUUUUUUUUUUUAUCUAAUCCUUAGUCUUCUAUUCUGCCCAAACCUGACUGAGCAUGAGUUACGGUAAUAUUUUCAUUGAUUUCCAAACGACACCCUCUUGCCUCCGCUUCUGUGCACUGAUUCCUCUAGAAAAGGCAACAUCCUUCACUGUCUAUGUCAUAACAUUUUGAUGUCUUUGAUUCACAUUUUCCUCCAAGGUUUCUUCUGUCAGACAGGGAAAAGUGGUUUUGUGAUUUUCUGAAAUAUGAAAGCUUCCAAACAGUGUCUCUUUUCCCGAGAGGAGUGGUUCUGGAGUAGAUGGUUCACUAGUUGGAACAAAGAAGCCUUGCAGUUGGUGAGACCUAUUUCUUAAUAUUUUUGGGACCGAUAUAUGGUACAUGUUGGAUUCAUAUUGAUGGAAUACAUCCUUAUCUACCUAUUCAUCAACAACAUUUUUUUAACCUAUCGUUCAACAUUUUUCAAAAAAUUAUUCGAUUUUUCUUGGGGUCUUUGGUAAGAUGUGGAGUUAAUGCAGAGCCUAAAUUACGGUAAGACGUGCAGUGCUGGUUCAGAAUAAUCGUUAUGUACAAUGAGAAUUAUUGAGAACUUAAGGGGUUCACAAUAUUAUAGACAUUAUACUGAUCGUUCACUUGUGAUCAUUAGACGAUAGGAAGAUCAUUCUGCAAUAUGCGUGAAGAUAUUCUACACUAGAUUUUAUUUUCAUAGGUAUAUAAUUAGAAUAAGUUCAAUACUUGGAAUUCAUGGAAAAUUCCAUUAGGUCUUUUGAUGAGCAGAAAUAAGGUCAAACUGUUGGUUUAGCUCAGAAUUUGUUUCUGAUGUUUGAACUCUCUCUUGUUUGCUUCUGCUGAGUCAGCUGCUCAUUAUGAACUCAAGAGAACUGGCCUCUGCGUACUAGGAUGUGAGGGUGAAGAUCCUGCGCCUGAGAACCUUCUCAGUAGGUUGAUGAUUAAAGCUGUUAUUGAGUACCUCUUCCACUUGAGUGUGGAUCAUGAGGAAAGUUAUGUGGGUUUGGUUCUUGUGUGGGAUAAUAAACUUAAUUUUAAAUUUUAUAUUCGUUUGGUUGUUACUAGUUUCAGCUCUGAACAUUUGGAAGAUGAGAUACUUCCAUUUGGUUAACGGGAGUGCAAGGGGGAAGAUUAUUAUGAACAUUCUAAGGGAGAAAAAGGAAAAUUUUCACCCUAGUUCACUUAAUUUGGACAUAACCAAUGAGGGGAAUAAACAGUCAUGGGUAGGUUGUAAGAAGGCUACCUGCUACCAUCAUGGGUUCCAACGUGCUUGCAGCUUAGAGUCUUAAUUUUGCAUCUGGCAAGUUGGGGUGAUCCUGCUAAUGACUGGAACCUUGAGAUACAAGAAGAAAAAGAAAUCCAUAUAUUGCCACCUAGCAGCAUGAACGAUGCAAAAAAUGAACGCAUAGAAUGCAAUAAAUGCCUUGAUACAUCUGCUUAGUGGUCUUGUAGAAAUGGAGCAGAGGAGUAGAAAGUGGAUCAGUUCUAACAACUUUGGCUCCAACUGUUUAAGUCUGUUCAGACCCUCUUAACUCGACAUUUCUUUUCUAAAGUUUUGACUGUCAUACCUAGUUGAUCCUAAUGUGUGUCAGUGAUCAAGACUCGAAAGAACUACGAUCUGACUUGUCGACCCUAGGGCAAGGAAGGAAAAAUGACUGGGUUAUCUUUUGCCCUCAUUGUCCUUCACUGCGUGAUUUUACUUUCAGUUUAAUUGAUUGGUUGAUGGUGAAAUUUCCACCGUUGUUCUUCAUUGCAUGAUUUCGUCUGUAUUCGCAUCAUUCAGCUCAAUUCCUUUUCCCAAUUUCCUGAAUCCGAAUUUCACCUUUGGAUUGUGGAUGUAGCUGACCUUAUUUAAUUGCCUACUGGCAUUAUAGUACUUUAGUUGCUAGAUAUCAAGGUUUUUAUGAAGCUUGCCAGGUUUUAUGUUUUUCAUUUAUUUAUAAAGUUCUAUUCCUGCGUGGUAUUUUCAUGAGACUAUAUAUUUGAAACUCGUAACAAAUGGGUGAAACAUAUGUUUCUUGUUGGCCCAUAUGCCAUCGCUAACUGGAAGAAAAACGGCAGAUUGCUCUCAUUUCUCAUGGUGUUUUCAAGAUUGAAAUCACGAUCUUAGUUUCAAGAAACUAAAUCAUACUUGGUUUUUACCAAAAAGGGGGCUCUUUGUUCGCAGUAUUUUCGGAUCAUGAUUUCAGAUUUCGGAACGCUUCGAUACAGGUCUUAGGACAUGGUAACUUGUACUGCUGGUCCCAGGCCCACAUGAAACAGUGUUGGGAUGAGGGAGGGAAUGCGACAUUGAAAAAACUCUUGCCGUUUUUCAGUCGUAUGGACUCGAGGCCUUAUAGAUUCUCUUCUCUGUAUGGGAUAGAAUGGAAUUGUAUCAUAGGGUAAUUGUGAUCAUGGAAAGAAGAAAUCUGUUGGAAAUGGAGAACUACCUCUGUCACCGAGGACAGAGGGGAGUUUUCCGCCGCAAUUCCAUUCAACCAUUACACCCCUUAAUAUAGGGAGAAACCCUAGACACUUUUCCAGAUACACCCUCAACUUAUUACACUAGCUCCCUACGACCUAGAACUUCAAACAAAAUCAAAUGUGUUCUUGCGCACACGUCAUGGGCACUUACUUGCCUUCUACUUUUUUUUGAGCCUUGCUCCCAUCACUGUUGGGUGUGGGAAGCAAUAGAAUACUUUAUCAUGGACCCGCAUUUCUUAAUAAUUUUGUCCACUUGUUGAGCAUAAUCUGAUUAUUUUUGGGCCUCACUCUGGCUGUUUUGUUGCUUAGCUGACUGGUGGGAGGGGUAGUUACGAGUUCAAGGCCGUCAGAAGAUGGACCACUCAAAGGAAGCUAGGGUAUGGCCUUAUUGAGUGUGACAAAGUAAAGUUAUAAUGCCUCAGAAUCACCCUCAUUGGUUUCCCAUUCUUACCAUUCACUUCGUCUGCUUUGUAUAUCUUAUCUUUCGUCUUGGUCUCACAAUGCUGUACAGAUCUUUGUUCCUAUACACAAAGAGAUUCACUGGUGUCUAGCUGUUAUUGACGUGAAGAACGAGAAGCUACUCUAUCUUGACUCACUUGGAGGCUGGGACAGGAAUGCCUUGGGAGUACUGGUAUGCUUACGCUUUGACUGACAUAGAAUUCAAAGAUGACGUCAUCUGGGAGGUGGGAGGGGUUGCAUAUAUGCCCCUGCCAUCAAGUAUUUUCCUCCCAUUGUCGUUUUACAGUCUUGUCUUUAUGCAUCAAUUUCAUCGCCGAUUUACUGAUUGAGACUUCCUAGAAGAAAAUAUUUUAUAUUUUCAUUUUUUUAAUUUUUUUUUAACACCUGUCUUAAUUUUUUUUUAAAAAUCAAACUUUCUAGGAUAAUUCAAGGAACUCAAGUAUUAGCUGUUAGAUCGCAUGCAGAUUCAGUUUCCUUCUUUUUUUUUUUUGUUCUGGGCUCAGAGAUAUCAGAGUAUGCUAGAGACCAUGUUAAAAUAUUAUGAUGGGUGUUUUAUCUGAACCUCAGGCUAGAUAUCUUGUGGACGAAGUCAAGGAUAAGAGUAACAGGGCCAUCGAUGUUACAUCUUGGAAGCAGGAGCCGGUUGGCGGCCUACCACUGCAGAAGAACGGGUAUGCUACUCAACUCGCCAAGCUCCAUUUAUAUUACUCUCAUACAUACAUGCACAUACAUGUUUGGGCUAUAUAUACACAAAAUAGACGAAUACUUUGGUAAUAUUCAUGCAUCAAGUGGCCGAUUGCAAUAACAUGCAUGCUGCAUCAUAUGAUACCCAUUUUUUAACAGCAUAUAAAUAGAGGUGAACCACACUAAUUUUGUCAAUUUAAAAUAUUCCAUUAUGAACAGUAUAUGCAUAUACAUUUGUUUGCCCAAAAUUUUGUUUGCUGGAAUAUUUAUUUAUUUUACUUCAAAAAAAAAUUGCAUUGUCUCGGCAGGUGGGAUUGCGGGAUGUUCAUGCUCAAGUAUGCAGACUUCAUCAGCAGAGGCCUAGGCCUCUGCUUUCAGCAGGUACGCUUGCCGUCCAUAGAUCGGGACGCACAAAUUCCCCCGUCGGCAGAAGUGACAUCCCUGAUUUCAGUGUUCCUUCUAUCAUUUAUUUCUCUAUUCUUUUUUUUUUCCUUAAAUGAAUCGGUUUCUUCGUCUUCUUCCUCUCUCUCUCUCUCUCUCUCGCUAGGACAACAUGACUUAUUUCAGGAAGAGAACUGCAAAAGAGAUCCUGAGGCUGAGGGCGGAGUAA